ACUCAUUUGCGGCGCGAGGACUCCACCCGCAUUAAUCCCUCCCCCUCCGCGUGCUCCCCCCGCCAUGGGGAACUGCUUCUCCACGCCGCCGCCGUCGCCCAGAAAGCCCCCGCAGCAGCAACCGCAGCCGCGCCCCCCGCCUCCGCCGGCCGCGCGGCCAAUCCCCAACGGUCACCCGCCUCCCGCGCCGCCGCACGCUCCGGCGCCAGCGCCGGCGCCACAGCCGGUGUCGCCGAGGCAACCAGCAGCGCCCUCGCCCCCCCCAGCAGCAGGCGGGUACCCGUUGCGCAAGUCUCUUGCCCCAGGAGUGGUGUCGCAGUACAACUACCAGGAGGUGCAGGCCGCCACUCAGUCCUUCUCCACAGAGAUCGGCCGCGGGGGCUUCGGCGUGGUGUUCCAUGGGCGGCUGGCGGACCCCCAGGGCGGCCCGGCACACGAGGUGGCGGUGAAGCUGAUGGCGGAGGACCACAUCACCAACGGCAUCGACAGCUUCAUUACGGAGGUGGGGGUGAUGGCGCGGGUGCACCACCCCAACAUAUUGCGCCUGGAGGGGUACGUGGUGGGCGCCACGCCCAUCCUCAUCUAUGACUACGUCUCCAUGGGGGACGCCUCCACCUACCUCGCUAAAGCGGCGCGGGGCGAGGUGGCGUUCACGUGGAAGCAGCGGGUGGUGGUGGCGCUGGGGUGUGCGGAGGCGCUGACGACCAUCCAUGCCAACAACUUCGUGCACCGCGACUUCAAGGCCACCAACGUGCUGCUCCGCCAGGACCUCACCCCGGUGGUGGCGGACUUUGGGUUGGCGAGGGCGGUGGACGAUUGGAAGACGCACGUGCAGACGAGGGUGAUGGGGUCCGUGGGCUACAUCGACCCCAUCUACUUCGACUCCGGCAUGUUGAGUCGCAAGUCAGACACGUACGCGUUUGGCAUCUUCCUGCUGGAGCUGGUGUCGGGCUGCUCGGCCCUGGACGCGCGGUUCAAGGACCUCCGCAAGCUGGUGACGGCCAAGGACUUCCCCGACCCCACUCUCGUGGUGGACCCGCAGCUGCAGGGCCAGUGGCAGCUCAAGCAGGUGCUCGUGGCGUUCACACUCAUCAAGUUCGCCAUCUUCUUUGACUGGGAGCACCGGCCCGGCAUGGAUGUGCUCCGUGAUAAGCUAAAGAACCUCAUUAAUGACAUGCCGCGUUCCGCCCUUCGGACUGGCCUCGCCACAGCCCUCGCCCGCCUCAUGGCUCUCACGAUGCUGGCUGGCGCGAGCGCGGACGAGUUCUUCAACGUGUACGACACGCUGGUGACACCCACAGGCCCCACAGCUGAGCUGCGAGGCAUGGCGUUCGCCACUGAUCACGUGCCCAACGUCAUUCCGCACGGACCUGUGUGCAAGUACAUGCCACGGGGACUGGGUGCCCACGCGGACCAAAGUCAACACGGGGCUCGCGUGGGGCGCGUAUUUGCAGCCUGA